UCCAAUGGAGUUUACAGUUUCUGGUGAUGGGACUUGGAAAAAAAGAGGUUUUAAUUCUCUAUUUGGAGUAACUACACUAGUAGCAAAAAAUUGCAAGAAAGUUGUUGAUACUGUUGUCAAAUCCAGUUUCUGUCAAGGUUGUAAUAUUUGGAAAAAUAAAAAAAAUUCAGAUAUUUCAGCGUAUCAUGAUUGGUAUGAGGAUCAUCAAGAAGUUUGUACCAUAAAUCAUAAAGGAAGUGCCGGCAAAAUGGAAGUAGAUGCUGUUGUGGAGAUGUUCUGUAGAUCAGUUGAAAAACACGGAGUGAAAUACGUAAAAUAUAUUGGCGAUGGUGAUACAAAGACAUUCAAAGGCAUACUCGAUAUGGAUCUGUGUGAUAAAGUUUUAGAAAUUAUAAAACCAAUUUAUGACAGUUUAUCAUCAGAGGAAUUAUUAACUCGAUGUUUAGGUUCUGAAGCUCAAAACAAUAAUGAGUCUCUAAACUCGUUGAUUUGGACUUUCGCGCCGAAACAUAUUCAUUCUGGACCUAAGAUAAUUGAAAUAGCAACAUUUCUCGCUCUUUGCAUUUUUAAUGAAGGUUUCAUUCCAAUUUUAAAAAUGAUGACCCUUAUGGGAAUGAAAAUUGGGCCGGAAGCUCAUUCAUUUGCUGUGAGACGAGACAACGCCCGGAUUGAACGCUCCGAAAUACGUACAUCCAACGCUUCAAAGGAGGCCAGAACUGCUCGAUUGGAAGAGAGAAACGCAGAAAAUAGUUUUUUUGAAGUAGAAGAAGGUCUGAUGUAUGAAGCAGGAAUGGCAGAUUGAAUAAAAAUGACUAGGAGGGUUGAAAUCAUGUCAAAACUCAUCUGCCAAUUUUUUGACGCCCCCCACUUCAUCGGCUGCCAGUUUUUUAAAUUUUUGACUUUUUUUUUUUUUAUUUUUUUCUGUACUCUUGAAACAUUAAU